AGUGUCCUUCCCUUGCGCUCGUGGUUGAUGUUACUUGUUAUUCAUUUUUUCCAAACGUAGAGUACGAUAGCGAGUCUGACUGCUUCUACAUGGGAACUGUGAAAAUAAAUUGCGAACACUUGUUACACAUUUGGCAAUAAUAUCCGAAAGAUUGCUUUUGCAAACAACGACACGACGAGAACCAAGAGAACACUGACCCCUUCUGACCCUUUCUCCUCGAUUUAAAAGAUUCUUUCUUCCCAUUAUUAAAAUCAUGGCCCAAAACAAUCAACAAUUAUUCAGCAGCAAGGCGCGCCAGAAGACGCUGGGGUUUUUCAGUUUUUGCGUGGUUAUUUUUCUUCUCCACUUUCCGAUUUUUCUGCUGGGAAUUUUGUCUCGUUUGAUGAUGCGUGAAGAGGCCAGAAUCGUGAUGCAGAACAACCCGGACAUGAUGAAACACACCACCCAUGUCAGCGCCCCGAACCGGAAGUAUCGUCCGCCCCGCUACACCCUCCCCGCGUAAAAACAUCAUUGUUGGAGUAACGUCGAAAAGAGGUCAAAAGAAAAAACGAUCUAACCAAAUCCAAAAGUAAAACAAACGACAACCCCAACAAGAGUAUCCCUCGCGAACAAGCGACAAGAAAGCAGCGCCGGAGUCCGAACGACCCUCAAGAACUUACUGGAGAACCUCUGGUCAACGCGACACUCCAUCUUCAGCACCAAAGGAGCGGAGUGAAACAGCGUGAAGAUGCCGCGGGAACAAGGUCCUACCGAGGGCGAGGACUUUGUGCACAGUCCACUGCACUCUUUGUUGGUGCAGGAGCUGGAAUGCACGACUCUGCUCCCAGCUUUCGAGGAGGACUGUUGGACUCGGGAAGAGGAAAGCUUUAUGAGUUCCUCUUGCUGCGUCGACGUAUUAUCCUCCUCUACGGCGCCGGCACCAGCGCCGGUGAGCGACGAGCGAAAGACUUCGACGAAGGAUGAAGUCGAUCGAACGAUCAGUUUGUCAAGCAACAAUGCUAUCAAAGUACGACCGACACAGACGGUUCUGUUUGAGGAUGCCGAGGUUUACCUGCAAAUCCUGGCUUCCGGAGGUCCGCACGAUGCGGAAAAAUUUUCCGAACCAACAACUUCCGUCCAACUUCCUGUGGAGCAGGAAUCCGCCGUGAAGUCGACCACACAAUUGGUCGCGGAAGCGCUCGCGGACAAAGCUUGUCGCUCAUUGAGCUAUCUCAAAGGCGCCGCUGUCGGCCUCGACAGUUCGACGUCCUCUGCGCACAACAAAACCAAGAAAAUCGAGAAGGAUAAGAAGAACAAAGAAGGCUCUUCUUGCAGACACAAGCUGCCCUCGAAAAAUCAUUUUCAGAACGACGAGGUUGUAGUUGCGCCCCUCGAGAGUGAUCACGCGGAGAUCGCCAUGACCGACAACUACAACACGUCGUCGCCCGCACAACAGCAUCAUGGAGCAGACAGUAAAGAUCCGCAAAUAAAUUUUGCCCCCCCGGAGGCCGACGCGGAAACCAUUGCGUCGGUUCGGGCGGUAAUCGAGAAGCUGGAAAAGUACAAAGCGUCGCUCCCGGUUGUGAACACGCGGGACGGCAAAUACGCGACAACCGACGCGGAAACCGAGUGCCCCGGGCCCUCCUCCGGGUCGAGCGGUUCGGACACGGACCACAUCUACCGGACCAAGAGCUGCUGCUCCACGCGGCGGUCCGCGCUAGACGAUCCGUUCCACGCCGACGACGAGAACCACGCGAUGGUUCCGAAGCAGACCGCCGCGGGCCGCGGCGGGUUGAAGCUGGACGAGUUUUUGACCUCCGACGAGGACCACUUCCAGCAGCAUUUGCUCCGGACUCGGCAGCCGGGAGGAGGAACGUCGACCUCGGGAGGAGGUGCUACGGGCGGUGGUGGUUCCUCUUCUUCAUCCCAGGAGCAGCUGGGCGAAGAAUUGAAUUCCUCCACCACCUCUCCCCGCCCGCCCAGCUACAACUACCACUACAGUGACGGGAACAACAAGUCACGGUACGUGACGGGUUUUUCGCUCACCGACCCCGCCAGCUGGUCGCGGCAGCUCUUGUGGAUGGUCUUUGGCUUCCGCUCAGUGUCCGGCGACCAUCUCAUACGGGGGCACCAGGAUCAGGGGUCGACGCACUCGCACCACGCCGGGGGACGGUACGACACGGGUGUUGACGGGGCGCGCUGUUCCGGGGCGCGGGUAUAGUCAUUUCUUUUUUGAUGUUACUUCUUCUGAUGUUAUUUAGCAGUGAUUCCAAUUUCCACAUGAAUCCGGGACCGGGAGUCAAUGGCAAAACAAGGGAAACCGCGUUGCGCGCGCAGUUUUAGCACUUCUAAUCCGACUGCAAUCAUCCUCGUUAGAUCACAUUUAGAGAGAAAGUGGUCACACAUAAAUUAACAUCCACCAGGUCGCAAACAACGGCGCUUCCGUCUCGAGCGAUAGCAAUCGGCGGGGCAGCCGGUCUCGCUCCCCUCGGCUCGAGAAUUCCAAAGGGGAGCUGGAAGGCGGCGGGCUGUCCAGUCUUUGCGGCAAGCGCAUGCAGGUGUCGCUACCGCGAACUUAUGAGCAGUGGUGCCAGCUGUUGAUCGUCCUGCUGUCUCUCGUCGCGUUGGCCAACCUGGUUCGGUGGUCGGUUUCCUUCUGCGCCAGUGCGACGGAUACGGUGACCGGCCAGGACGAGCACCUGGGUCUGGUGCAAACGGCGCCUGGUGCCGGAGGCGCGGUGGUGCCACCCUCAGGAAGAUUUUUGGCGUCGAAAAAGGCUAAAAACGUCAGUAUUUGAGAAGAAGGUGGUCUAAAGUCUCCCAUUACUAAAGCUAGUAUGCUAUCGGAGAUUUAGCAGAAGCUACGAAGUUGUGUGUAAUUCGGUAGCAAUCACAAUUUUAUGGGAGCGAUUUUAUCGUUUACAAGUACAAGUGGUUGUACACAGUGAGUGUAGCAAAAGCAUUUUAACAAGCAAGUAGAAGCAGGAGUCACUUUAUUGUACUUUUGCUCAGCUGUUGUUGUUGACUGAAGAUCCUUUUCCCCCCGAGACUAACGAGAAUAUAGACCACGAAGCGCAACAUUGACACUGAAUUAACGAAUAGCGAAUUCGUAAUCGUAUUUCUAUUCUCUUUCUCGCCUUCCCGGCGCUCUCAUAUUUUCAAACUAUCUCGUCUAUUUGCUCGCCCCCUUUUUUCAUUCAUCUUACAGACUAAGCUUUAUAAUUCCUCGAUGAGGUGGUGUCUUUUCCAUUUGUCUUUGUUGUCCCCCGAUAUCCAAAAGAAAAAGAUUUAUCUCGAACAGCAUUACAAACCCCAUAAUUACUUAUUGUUUUGCGGCAUCAUCUGUGGCGCUCUCAGCGUUGCGAUGGGUGGCGUUUUACUUUUCGAUUGUCCUCCUUCUAUUUCGACCUCUGACAGAACAAAGAAAAAGAUGCAUUUAUUUCAGUCUCUAUCUCAUAUGUGGUAUCCUGUCUUGCGGUCAAGCAUGUUCCAAAAA